ACGCAUCUGCGUCCUUUUCCUUACUGGAACGUCUCCCAUUCAUUACACUUUAUCGCCUCAAGCUUAUAAUUCUCUUCAAAGUUGCCUCGGCUGUCAGCAAAAUGCCUUCAACAUUUGAGCUGUGCCCCGGUAGGAUGAUUGGAGGGGAUCGUCCAUGUUUUGUUAUCGCUGAAAUUGGACAAAAUCAUCAGGGAGACAUUGAGAUAGCCAAGAAAAUGAUCAAAAUGGCAAAGGACUGUGGUGCUGACUGCGCCAAGUUCCAGAAAAGUGAGCUGCAGUACAAGUUUAACAAACGUGCUUUGGAGCGUCCUUACAAGACCAAAAACUCCUGGGGGGAAACCUAUGGUGAGCACAAACGCCACCUGGAGUUCAGCCAUGAGCAGUACAGGGAGCUGCAGAAGUACGCAAAGGAAGUGGGGAUCUUCUUAACUGCCUCAGGGAUGGAUGAGAUGGCGAUAGAGUUUCUCCAUGAGAUUAAUGUCCCUUUCUUCAAAGUGGCCUCCGCAGACGCCAACAACUUUCCUUAUUUGGAAAAGGCUGCCAAGAAAGGACGUCCCAUGGUGAUUUCCAGUGGGAUGCAGUCCAUAGAGACAAUGCGUCAGGUGUACAAGACAGUGAAGGAGCACAACCAAAACUUUGUCAUCCUGCAGUGUACCAGUACCUACCCCCUUGAGCCUCAAGAUGUCAACCUGAGAGUGAUCACAGAAUACCAGAAGGAAUUCCCUGAUAUUCCAAUUGGGUAUUCUGGCCACGAGUCCGGAAUCAGUAUUUCAGUGGCGGCUGUUGCUCUUGGGGCAAAGGUCAUUGAGCGCCACGUCACACUGGACAAGACUUGGAGGGGAAGCGACCAUGCAGCUUCUCUGGAGCCCGCUGAACUGGCCGAGUUGAUUCGUUCCAUCCGACUGGUGGAGCUUGCACUGGGAUGCGGUCUGAAGAAGAGGUUGCCCUGCGAGGAGUCAUUUCAUAGAAAGCUGGGGAAGUCUGUGGUGGCCAAGGUGACAAUCCCCAAAGGAACUGUCCUCAGCUUGGACAUGUUGGCAGUGAAGGUGGCCGAGCCCAUUGGUGUCGACGCUGAAGACAUUUUUCGUCUGGUUGGCAAGAGUGUGAAUGAGGAUGUAAGUGAAGAUGAGACCAUCACACAACAGGUGGUGAACGGCCUUUAGCCAUUUUCUGAUCAUUUUGGUUAACCUGAGGGAGUUCACGGUUGUUACUGCAUAUUCAUUGCACAGGAGUUAGCACCGAAUGUCACAAAUUGUGAAUUAAAUGUACAACUAUGCAUCAACAAGACAUUGUAUACAAAGUCAUUUGUUGCUUUGCUCAUCUGUAUGUAUUAAAUUACUAUUUAAAAAAA